AUGAUACUUUUAAAUAUCAAGUCCAGUGUUUGGGCAUACUCUCUGAUCACACUGGGAACUGAAAUGCUAAAUUCUAUCUUUAGUUUCUACUAUGUGAAAUUUUUCUUAGAAGUAUACCAGAUUUCAGAAGUGGCUUUCUAUCAAGGGCAGCUUUAUGUGGGUACUGGAGAACUAGAGGAAAACCUCUUGACAGAGCACGAACAGGACCUCGCAUGGGCUGCCUCCGUCUUGAUGUUGAGACAAAUCUUGUCCCAGAAAAACUUCUACCUUUUCCUCAUAAUGAAUUUCUUCCAACUGUUCAAUGACUUCAUGAUGAUCUUUGCAGAUCACCUCAUUCCCAGAGGUGUUCUUUCUUCUUCCUUAAGGGGCAUCAUGUAUGGGGUAGGCUUUAUUUGCCCACAGUACCUGGUUCUUUUAGGUCAGUCCUGGCUGAAGAGAUAUGGUUACUAUAAUAUUAUCUUAAUUUCUUUCUACCUAGAAGGAGCAGCUUCCAAUGUCAUGUUACUUCUGGGACAGGAAUACUAUUACUGCUUGGCUCUUUAUCUCACUGUCAUCAUGGUGAUUGUGCAAGCUUCUUUUUGCUUGUUUAAUCUGCCGCUGGCUGACAUGGUCAAUGCAGAUUUGUUGAAGUUCAAUCGACAACCCCUCUUUUCAAUUAUUUUUGGCAUCAAUGCUUUGUUUGCCAAACCUGCUCAGUCUUUAGCUCCCAUGGUGAUACUGUUUAAAGUAAACCAGUAUGGAUAUGGGGAGCCAAGUAGAAGGCAAAGUACCAAGAUUUUUGCAGUCAGGCAAGCAAAUUCACCCUUUCAUAUUAACCACUAA